AUGUCCACUUCACAUGACAGACUAGCAAUACCUGUGGGGAGCUUGACACAAGCUUGCAGCUGUCUCCUCUUCACAAUUUUCUACAGGACUUUCUUUUUUUCUCUCUCUCAAUUUAGACUUUCUUUUUUUUCUCUCUCUCUCAAUUUAGACUUUCUUUUUUUCUCUCUCUCUCUCUCUCAAUUUAGACUUUCUUUUUUCUCUCUCUCUCAAUUUAGACUUUUUUUCUCUCUCUCUCUCAAUUUAGACUUUUUUUCUCUCUCUCUCAAUUUAGACUUUUUUUUCUCUCUCUCUCAAUUUAGACUUUUUUUUCUCUCUCUCAAUUUAGACUUUCUUUUUCUCUCUCUCAAUUUAGACUUUCUUUUUCUCUCUCUCAAUUUAGACUUUCUUUUUCUCUCUCAAUUUAGCCUCCCUUUUUUCUCUCUCUUUAGACUUUCUUUUUAUCUCCCUUACUUUCUCUCUCUCUCCCUCUAUUUAGUCUCCCUUACUUUCUCUUUCUCUCUCAAUUUAGCCUUCCUGAUUUUCUCUCUCUCAAUUUAUCUCCCUUAUUUUCUCUCUCUCCCUCAAUCUAGAAACUUUGAUUUUCUUUCUCUCAAUUUAGACUUUAUUUUCUUUCUCUCAGCCAUGAAGCAGCAGGUAUCGAAAGGUCCUGUUGAUGCCAUUUCAAGUGAGGCCAAAUACUCAUUGAGUGAAGACAAACUAAUUCGGCAACAAAUCGAGUUCAAGAUAUUGACUAUCAAUGUUUGUGACAGAGAACAGUACAACCAGCCAUAUGUACCUGUCAAAGUCCUCGAUUGUGACACAAUCACUCAUGUCAAAGAGAAGAUUUUGGAUGCUAUUUACAAGAAUGCUCCAUUUAGUACCCGGCCAGCAAAAGAAAAUUUAGACCUUGUUUUGUUUGCUAAACCUCCAGAAUGGCGAGUCUCUCCAAAUGAACAACUCAUCCUAAAUGAUGAAGACACUACGUCAAAGAUAGAAGGUGACCUCAAGCGGUUAAACACACUUUCACACUACAAGGUCAACGAUGGCGCAUUUAUGGCUCUUGAACACAAACAGACUCCAAUGAAUACAGGGCCACCCUUACAAGAAAAACCAUCAUUUUAUAAAUAUGAACGUCUUCUUUCAGAAAAUUCUGUGUGCACUCGUAGUCCCUCAUUAAACAGAACAGCACAACACAACAGCACAAAUGAUGGAGAACACAACGUGCGCAAAUAUCAUUUGGUCAAACAACAUGAUUCUCCAACUCACAGGGAAGGAGAUCGAGGAAGCAAAAUGGUCAGCGAAAUUUAUCUAACCAGGCUUUUAGCUACAAAAGGUACAUUGCAACAAUAUGUAGAUGAUUUAUUUGAGAGAAUAUUCAGUACGACUCACCGGGGACAGGUUUUGCCUCUGGCCAUAAAAUAUAUUUUCGAUUUCCUUGAUGAGCAGGCACAACUCCACCAGAUUGAGCCUGAAGUUGUUCAUACAUGGAAAUCAAACAGCCUUCCUCUCAGAUUUUGGGUGAAUAUAAUAAAGAAUCCUGACUUUGUAUUCGAUAUGUACAAGUCCCACAUUGUUGACUCCUGUCUCUCAGUCACGGCUCAAACUUUCAUGGACAGUUGUUCAAUGAGUGACCAUCGUUUGGGAAAAGACUCCCCAUCAAGUAAGCUACUCUAUGCUAAGGACAUCCCCAAAUACAAAGCAUGGGUAGACCGAUAUUAUGAAGAUAUCAAAUUAAUUCCCCCCAUAUCAGAUCAAGACAUGAACGCUAUGCUGCAAGAAGAAUCGAGGUUACACAAACACGAGUUUUAUACUGAUGCUGCGCUUCUGGAAUUAUACAAAUAUGUUAACGAAUACAGCGAUAAGCUCCUGACGGCUUUAGAGGAAGACAAUGCGGCUAACAGAAGUAAACUUGACUACAAACUGAAACAGGUUCAGAACAUGAUGGCCGAUGUAACCCAGCAGUACUGA